AUCUCUAACCAAACCCGGCUUCCAGCAAACUGCAGCAAAGUAUGAAUGACAACGGAAUCGAAGAACAGCUUAAGGAGAGCCGUUGCCACAUGCCGCUGGCGGUCGCACCACGGCAACGCUAUUUAAUGCGUGGCAACAGAUUUCUUAUCUCCCAGCGACAGCGAGGGUGGUAUAAGUUUUGUUUGUUUCCUUUGCACCAGUACUAAAUUCUAAUCCUGUAGAGAGGACCGGAGAAGAGCCGGAUCCGUGAGGAGAGGGGGUAAGGGGUUGGGGUUCGGGUAAAGGGAGAGGAGGAGGAGAUGGCCGGAGGAGGGGGAGCGCCGGCGGGGGUGAAGAAGGAGAGGGCGGAGCAGUACAAGGGGAGGGUCACGCCCUUCGUCGUCUUCGCCUGCCUCGUCGCCGCGAUCGGUGGCUCCAUCUUCGGCUAUGACGUCGGCAUCUCAGGUGGAGUGACAUCCAUGGACCCAUUUCUCAAGCAGUUCUUCCCAGUAGUCUACAGGAAGAAGAACCUGGAAUCCGAGAACAAUUACUGCAAGUAUAAUAACCAGAAGCUCGCUGCCUUCACGUCUUCUCUCUACCUUGCCGGCCUCGCCGCAUCCUUUGUAGCCUCUCCAGUGACCAGAAAGUAUGGGCGCAGAGCGAGCAUUCUUUGUGGCGGCAUUAGUUUCCUCGUCGGGGCUUCCCUUAAUGCAGGUGCUGUCAACAUGGCAAUGCUGCUUCUGGGCCGCAUCAUGCUUGGCGUCGGAAUUGGCUUCGUAGAUCAGGCUGUUCCUCUGUACCUCUCCGAAAUGGCACCAGCCCACCUUCGUGGCGGCCUCAACAUGUUGUUCCAACUGGCGACCACCCUUGGCAUCUUCUCAGCCAACAUGGUCAACUACGGAACCGAGAAGAUCAGGCCAUGGGGAUGGAGGCUCUCCCUUGGCCUCGUUGCUGCCCCUGCACUUGCAAUGACGAUAGGAGGCUGCUUCCUCCCUGAAACUCCAAACAGCCUCAUCGAACAAGGGCACGUCCACGAAGGGCGGCGUGUCUUAGAGAAGAUCAGAGGCACCGAACAAGUGGAUGCGGAGUUCGAGGACAUCGUCGAGGCCAGCGAGCUAGCAAAUUCCAUCGAACAUCCCUUCAGGAACAUCCUGAAGCGAAGAAACCGGCCGCAGUUGGUCAUGGCCAUCUUCAUGCCAGCUUUCCAAAUACUCACAGGCAUCAACUCCAUACUCUUCUAUGCACCGGUGCUGUUCCGGAGCAUGGGCUUCGGAGGAAAUGCUUCGCUCUACUCGUCGGUCAUGACCGGUGCAGUGCUCGCAGCCUCGACACUGGUCUCCAUUGCAACGGUGGACAGGUGGGGGAGGAGAGCUCUGCUAAUUGGUGGGGGAAUUCAGAUGGUCUUAUGCCAGGUCAUCGUGGCGAUCAUACUAGGCCUCAAGUUUGGCGAUGAGAAGCAGCUUCCCAAGGACUUCUCGAUCGUUGUGGUGGUGCUCUUCUGCCUCUUUGUGGCCGCGUUCGGGUGGUCUUGGGGACCCCUGGGGUGGACCGUGCCCAGCGAAAUAUUCCCACUGGAAACGCGUUCGGCGGGGCAGAGCAUCACGGUGGCCGUCAACCUUUUCUUCACGUUUGCCAUCGCCCAGUCCUUUCUCACCCUCCUGUGCUCCUUCAAGUUUGGGAUCUUCCUGUUCUUCGCCGGGUGGAUCACCAUCAUGACCGUCUUUGUCUACUUCUUCGUUCCGGAGACCAAAGGGGUGCCCAUCGAGGAGAUGAUACUGCUCUGGAGGAAGCACUGGUUCUGGAAGAGGAUGGUGCCGCCGAUUGAGGGUGGGGAGUUUGCAGCAGAACUAUCCGAUAUCAGGGAGUUCAUGUGAAGAGUGGUGUUGUUUCCUGGUUUUGGAUCUGUAAACUAUACGUACAGUUGCGUUUCUCAUCAGAUGCUGAAAUGUUUUGCGAAGAGUUGCAUUCCUUGGAAGUGAUCAUGCUUGUUUUCAUCCAUCCAUACCAUGGAGUUCCCUGAGGGAAAAUUAGGGAAGCAAGUAUCAACUGAAAGAGUUUUUCCUCACGCUUUCUGUGUGGAUAGCAGCAUAAUUGUAAUGUACUGGACUCAAAAGUAAUAUUUCUGUACAUCGAUAUCAAGUUCUUCAUCA